AUGGAAUCAACCUACCAAAUCGCCAUCUCCCUCCUCACUGUCCUCCUCGUCCUGGCGGGGUCGUACUUCGCCUAUGACCAGGGCUACAUGGACCCUCUGAUUGAGAAAUUUGGUGUUUUCAUGAAGGCCAAGGCUGAGGCCGAGGCCAAGGAGAUGCAGGCCAAAGGCCUGGAGAGGGGAGAGGACUUUGUCGACUCGGAACUCAAGGGGAACAAGUAG